AUGGCCCCGCCGGGGUGCCUCCCCCGCUGCCGCCCUCGGGGGAGCGUCCACCGGCGGGGGCGCGCCCGCCGUCUGCCGCCACCACCGCCGCGUCCUUCUCGGGGCCCGGGGUUUCCCUCAGUAGCCCGGCGCUGCGCCCGAGAGGACCGCCGCGGCUCGGGCCGCCCCGCCGGCGCGGGGACGCGGCCCGACCGCCGAGCGCGCCGCGCCCGCGCGCGCGCGCGCCCCGAAGCGCGGCCCGGAACGCCCGGAGGGCUCGGCCCUCGGCCGCGCGAGGGGCACCGCUCGGCCCGAGAGCGGGAGCUCCGCCGGCGCGGCAAAGCCCCGCUCCCCGGUGCGGGAAGGGCCGGAGGAGCCGCCUCCUCCGAGCCCCGAAGGCGCCCCCGCCACCCGCUCCCUCGCCAUUUCCACAUCGGCCGCCGACGGGUGCCACGGCCGGACGGCCGGCCGUCGCUCGACGGGCGAAGCAGCGAGGGGAGGGACGGGCGCGCCUCCGGGAGGGGCCGUGCCGAGCACCCCUCCCUCCCGGCACCCGGGCGGCUUUCUCGCGCGCUCCGAGGAGAGCCGGCCUCGGGAGAACUCGGGCCGCCGCCAGCGGGGCGCCCGCACGCGACACCCGGCGACCGGCGUUCGGCGGCGCCGGCCGCCGUGGGCGGGAGGCUCGGGGCCGGCCGCGGCCCCGCUCCCCGGCGGGGACGGACCGGCGGCAGACCGGCGCGAGGCGGGGGGGAGGAGGAGGAGGAGGAGGAGGAGGAGGAGGAAAGCCGCCGCGACGGCGGCCCGGCGCGCCGCGCUUCGAGGCCCGGCCGCGACGCGCGGUGUAGCGCGGGGUCAGCCCCGCCCGCGCGCACGGUGACGGGCGCGCGCGGCGCGCCUGGCCGCGCCGAGCGGCCCCCCCCCCCCUCGGCUCGCUCUUCUCUCUCCCCCGAAAUCCCCCCCCGCCCGGAGGGUUCCGCGCGCCUCCGUCACUCUCUCUCUGGGGCUGCGGCGCGCGGCCUCGACGGGAAGGGCGUGUGGCCUCCCCGGUGCCGACCGAGGCCGGCGGGCCGGGGGGCCGAGCGUUCGAACGGAGCGGGCGUGCGAGCGACGCCGCGCGCGCGGCCGGCCGGACGGCCCGGCAACGCGGCAGGCGCCGAGCCCCACCGGUAA